AUGCCGCAAGAACUACUACAAUUUCCGACGAGUUAUCUGACGGUAGGGAUCUAUCGAUUAGGCACGGAUGGGAAGAUCAACCGAGCGAUUGUUCAAGAGUUCUCGACGAUUGUGAAGAGGCUAGUGAUCCUAUCGAUAGUCUACUGCUGUCUCUCCUAUCCGGUGACGAAAGUAUGGGUGAUGUAUUUCUAUCUAAGCAAGCGGGCCAAGGCGAUGGAGGAGGAAGGGGUAGGGAUGGGGGCAUCGUUCUUCUCCUUGGCGAACUUCACGACGAUCAGUCUCGUCCUCAGCCAGCUCAGCUCGAUUAUCGAAUUCUUUCUACUGCGAAAACUCAAGAAGACUAGAGCUAAGGUCUACGACUUCACCAUCCAGAGUCGUGCUAAAUCUGCCGAGUUCUGGAUACCGUACGUCGAGGAAUGGGAAAAUCCUCCCCUCGAGAAAGCUCAGCGAAGAAUCUCGAAGUGGAAGUGGUACAGGACCAUCACCGGGCCGAUCUUUAGACUGCUUAUCCUCAAAGUCAUGUUGCUACCACUGAACUUUGUUCCGUUCCUGAAUACGAUCGUCGGCUCAUUCCUUGUCUCACUGACUCUGUCGGAGCGACUUUUGGAGCGAUACUUUCGGACGAAGAAGAUGAGCGAGUUGGAGCAGGCUUUGUUCAUGGUCGAGCGAGAGAACUCGUUACGAUGGCUCGGUUUCUUUGCUGCCACACUCGAAAGGAUCCCAAUACUUGGAAUCAUCUUCUCCUUCUCUAACCGGAUCGCUUUCGCUAUGUUUGCCCAUGACCUCGAGAAACAUCAACAUGCCGUCAAACAGGGCCUCAUCCCUAAAAAUUCCGAUCCUUAUCGCUCUAAGACUGCCGCUAUCGAAUUGGAUCUACCCCCUGACGCAAUCGGAAACUUUCCGAAGAAGAAGGCCUAA